UCAAUGACUUGUAUCCUUUCAUACACGUCAAGUCCUUUGUAUGGAUACAUGUCAUGUCUUCAACUAUAUAUAGAUAUAUAUUGCAUUUCUCUUUGAAUCCAUCGACCCUCAUCUCAUCAUGAUUAUGGAGCUUCACAACUACUACCUUUUCUCUAUUUACCUUAUCCCCUCCUUUCUCUUUCUCUUUGUGUUGUUCAAAUUACUUCAAAGGUCCAGUUCCAGCAACGACACCACUAAUUUACCCCCAGGACCAAGAACACUACCUCUAAUAGGGAACCUACACCUGCUUGUUGGGUCACUACCUCAUCAUUGCUUGAAAAAUUUGGCAGACAAGUAUGGUCCAUUAAUGCACCUAAAACUAGGAGAGAUAUCCAACAUCAUUGUCACUUCACCAGAAAUCGUCAAAGAGAUUGUAAGAACACACGAUAUCAACUUUUCUGAUAGGCCAAACCUCUUAUCAACAAGAAUAGCUACCUACAAUGGUGAUAGCAUUGCCUUCUGUCAACAUGGAGAUUACUGGAGGCAAGUGCGAAAAAUAUGCACAAUAGAACUAUUAACUCCAAAGCGUGUCCAAUCUUUUAGGUCCAUAAGAGAAGAGGAAGUGUCAGAACUUGUUAGAAAAAUAUUAGCAAGUGAAGGGUCCAUUUUUAAUCUCUCUCAGCACAUUUACCGGAUGACAUAUGGGAUAGCAGCAAGAACAGCUUUUGGUAAGAAAAGCAGAUACCAGCAAGAGUUCAUAUCAAAACUUGAUGAGCAAUUGAACUUGGUUGCAGGAUUUUCUGUGGCUGAUCUUUAUCCUUCGAGUAGAGUGCUUGAAAUGAUUGCUAAGCCAAAAAUUGAGAAAGUGCAUAGAGAGAUAGAUAGGAUACUGCAAGACAUCAUUGAAGAUCACAGAAACAGAGAAAGUGAUCGCUGUGAAGGUGGGGAGGAUCUAGUUGAUGUGCUUCUCAAGUUUCAGCCAGAAAAAGAAUCAGAAUGUCCCCUAACUGAUGACAAGAUUAAAGCUAUCAUCCAGGACAUAAUCACUGGUGGUGGUGAAACAUCAUCCAGUGUUGUUGAAUGGGGGAUGUCAGAAAUGAUAAAGAAUCCAAAGGUGAUGGAAGCAGCACAAGCUGAAGUAAGAAGGGUGUUUGAUUGGAAAGGACAUGUGGAUGAGACACAGUUGCAUGAGUUAAUAUACUUAAAGUCCAUCAUCAAAGAAACCUUAAGGUUACACCCAUCUGUGCCAUUGUUAGUUCCUAGAGUAAAUAGAGAGAGGUGUCAAAUCAAUGGAUAUGAGAUACCAGCAAAGACCAGGAUCCUUAUCAAUGCUUGGGCAAUUGGAAGAGAUCCCAAGUAUUGGGAUGAACCUGAGAGUUUCAAACCUGAAAGGUUUCUUAAUAGUUCCAUCGAUUUUAAGGGCACAAACUUUGAAUUAAUUCCAUUUGGUGUUGGAAGAAGGAUGUGCCCAGGUAUUGCUUUUGCCACGCCCAACAUUGAGCUUCCACUUGCUCAGUUCCUUUACCAUUUUGAUUGGAAGCUUCCCAAUGAAAUGAAGACUGAAGAACUUGACAUGGCUGAGUCCAAUAAGAUUACUGCAGGAAGAAAAAAUGACCUCUUCUUGAUUCCCAUUACUCGCAGGCCUUUAAAUGUAUUGCCUAAGUGACUACUGUCAUAAACUAUUUAAGUUACCUUUACUACUUUCAGCAUUAUAUUUUGUAAUUGCUUCCAACUAUGUUCCAUUGCUAUACCAGGUGGAAUAAAUUGAAUUUGAAUAAUUAAUAAUAAAAAUUAUUAAAAAAAUAUCACUUCCUACAACAUCGAAGUCAUUGAUGAAAUUUUGUAAAGAAAAUUCAUGGUGUUCAUAUAUGAACUAACACAUUGAUUUCAUAACAUCAUUGUAAAUUAGAUUAUUUUCUUUCAAACAGAAUAUCUCUAAACACUUACUGAAUAAAAAUCAUAAACAAUUCGAAUCAAUGUUAUAAAACUUAACUCAGAUGUCGACUUAAUUAGGAUAGUGAGCUAACAUAUCACUAGUGGAACGAGUGAGGUGCUACAGUACAUGAAAACCUGAAAACUUUGAAGUUAGAAUUUAAAAAAAAAAAUCAUAGAUAAAAAUAAUCACUUAUUUUAAUUAUUAUAUGUUUUAUGCUUGCAAAAAAUAGAGGCAAAAUUAGCAAAACCAAAAAUCACAACUAGU